AGCAAGCAACUGUCAACGAAUCAGCUGUACAAGUACAAUAAAUAUUUACAAUAUUUUUUUUAAAUAACCCCUAGACAAAAAUAUAAAUAAUAAAUCUUGCAAAUCAUGCGUAUGUAAUAUUUUUCAAAAUGGUAGAGCCGGACACAGUUUUUACGUCUUUAGAUAGUUUAUGUCGAACAUGUUUGAAUGAAAAAACUGCAGAUGAAUUAAGAUCCUUUUCUGAGAAUUCCCUGAGGCAAGAGUUAAAAGAAAUCACUUCUAUUGAGGUCCAGGAAAAUGAUGGUUUGCCAUAUUUAAUCUGCAACAAUUGUUGUUACACUUUAAAUGUAGCAAUUAAUUUUAAAACUCAGUGCUUGAAGUCUGAUAGUCAUUUAAAAGCGGUAUUAUUCCCUGUUGAAUCAACAAUUAUAUAUAAAUCUAUUACCAUAUUGGACAACAAUAACUCCAAUGAUCUUUGCCUGGAGAUUUAUGACGACCAAGAUGUCCCUAAUACAAAUAAUGUUGAGGUUGCAGCAGAUAAUAGAAUACAAAUUGUGAAGAACUUUGAUGAUAUCAAUAAUAUAAGAAAUGUAUCACAAAAUAUUGACACAGAAGUGGCGAAUCCUGCAGUAUUGGACAAUAUGGCAAGCAUUAACAAUCAAUCAGUUAUAAAAUUUUAUCCAAAAGCAAAAACAAAAGAAGCUAGUCAAAGAAAUAAGUCUAAAUUGUUUCUAUGUGAAAUUUGUAAUAAAGAAUUUAUAUUUGAAACCACUUUAAGGUCACAUUUAGUGACUCAUGGUAAAAAAAUAGCUUGUGAAGUUUGCCAUCAACAGUUUAACGUAAUGAAAAUUUACAAGUCUCAUAUGACAUCCAAACAUCCAGAUUAUCGUCCAUAUAAGUGCGCCCACUGUAGCAAAGAUUUCGCUGCCUCUGACACUUUAAUUAAACAUAUGAGAAUACAUGGAGGGGAACGAAAACAUCUUUGUACUGUAUGUGGCAAAAGAUUUUACGAGCCAAACCAUUUACUGAUACAUUCAAGAGUUCAUACUGGUGAAAAACCAUUGAGCUGUAUGACUUGUGGGAAAAGGUUUACAAAUCGGCACGGAUUAGUGGCUCAUAAUAAAGUACAUACAGGGGAGAGGAAGUAUCAAUGCAACACAUGCGGUAAAAGAUUUGCUCACUCGUUUGUUCUGACAGCGCAUAAGAGAGUACAUACUGGAGAAAAACCGUAUAAAUGCAGUACGUGCAAAGCUUCAUUCGGAUCUUCGUCGUAUUUAAAGAUACACGAAAGGAUUCAUACGCAGGAAAUGCCAUACAAAUGUGAGACCUGCUCAAAGUCAUUUAUAAGCAAAACUCGACUAUUGUCUCAUCAAGUUAUUCACAGUAAAGAAAAAUCACAUCAGUGUUCUAUUUGUGGAAAAACCUUCAGUAGAUCUAGAGACAUGCAAGUUCACAUACGAUCCCACACAGGUGAAAAGCCUUACGCUUGCGACCAAUGCGACAAACGCUACAUCACUUCCAGUAACUUAGCCGCCCAUAAACGAACGCAUCUAGGUAUCAAAAACUACAUUUGUUCUACGUGCGGUAAAGCGUUUGGGGACCCCAGAACGUUGAAGGGUCACUAUAGAAUACACACCGGAGAAAAACCGUAUCUUUGUAAUAUUUGCGGAAACAGCUAUUCGCAGUCUGGGCAAUUAUCCGUACAUAAAAGAGUUCAUGAAAACAAGCAUAACGAGGUCGUUGUUAAUCUGGAAAAAGAUGUGGUGUGGUAUAAUGUGUUCGAGUCCGCUAGAAGCUAGGAGUGAUAAAUAUGCAUUAUAUUUAUUUAAUUAUGUAUUAAAUAAAAAAUAUUUUUAUCGUU